CGGGCCCGCAGCGGAGUGCCGGCGCCGGGGAUGGAGGACGGCGUGGCCGGGCAGCGGUUCGGGGCGGCGGCGGAGGCAGCCGAGGCGCGGGCGCGACCCGGGCUGACGCUGCGGCCCUUCGCGCCCUUCUCAGGGGCGACGGAAGCGGACGAGGGCGGCAGCGACUGGAGCUUCAUCCACUGCGAGAUGGAGGAGUUGGACUUGCAGGACCUGCCCAGCGCCAUCAUCGCCGGCCACCUGGACCCGCGCGUGUUCGUGGACGGCCUGUGCCAGACCAAGUUUGAAACCCUCUUCAGGACGUACGACAAGGACAUCACCUUUCAGUAUUUUAAGAGCUUCAAACGUGUUCAGAUCAACUUCAGCAACCCCUUAUCUGCAGCAGACGCCAGACUGCAGCUGCAUAAGACUGAGUUUCUGGGCAAGGAAAUGAAGUUAUAUUUUGCUCAGACUUUGCACAUAGGAAGCUCACACCUGGCGCCACCCAAUCCAGACAAGCAGUUCCUCAUCUCUCCCCCCGCCUCUCCACCAGUUGGUUGGAAACAAGUGGAAGAUGCUACUCCAGUCAUAAAUUAUGAUCUUUUAUAUGCUAUCUCCAAGCUGGGGCCAGGAGAAAAGUACGAGUUGCAUGCAGCUACUGACACCACUCCCAGUGUGGUGGUCCAUGUGUGUGAGAGUGAUCAAGAGGAGGAGGAGGAGGAGGAAAUGGAAAGAAUGAAGAGACCCAAGCCAAAAAUUAUCCAGACGAGGAGGCCAGAGUACACACCCAUCCACCUCAGCUGAACUGGCUCAUGGACUGAGAAGUAUUCCGAAUCCUACUCACGGGAGGAAUCUUUUACUGUGCAGGUGGCCAGUCAUAGCUUUGGAGGUGGCAGCUAUGACCGCUGUGGCAGAAAUUCCAGUUCAUGUUGCUAAGAAGAGAAUCAAGGCUUGUCUCCUUGUCUAAUGCUGCACCUCAGCCCAUGUCUGGCACCUGGGAAUGUCUUGGGCCAUUCACUGAGUCUGUGGUAAUCACACAAGGACAUUUGGGGACAUCUUGAGAAAACCAAUAAAGAUAGUGUCUUGUCCUUGUUCUUUUCUGCUAGGUUCUGUUUUUGCCAAGGACAGAUUGAUCAGUGGGCCUGGGGACACCACCUUUCUGUUUCCAACCAGUGUACAGGGUACAGCUCCCACUGGUGUCCAGUUCUACAAACCGCUAGUGUCCAGUUCAGAAAGGUCGUGGAAACAACCACAGGCCGUGUGGAAACUGUGUUUCGUUUCUUCCCUCAUGUUCUAAUGUCCGUGCAUGUAUAUCCCUGAUUUUCAAGACUAACCUUUGUUUGUGUAUGAAGUUAUACCAUUGUUGCUGAACAUCUUUUGGGAAGCUAGGAACGCAUUGAUAAACUGUACCUCCUUUCCAGAUCCCCAACUCUCUUUGCAACAGCACCCACACGUGGAGCUGCACCUGGAUAAUUCACGAGGCACCCUGUCCGGUGAACCAUGUAACUUGUGCUUUUUUUGCAAGAGAAGUUGAUCUCAAAUUCCUAUGUAGAGUUUAGCUUCUGUGACUGAGAGACUAGCGAUUGAACUGCCAGCUCUUAGUAGGUGGGAAAUUUUAGUGUAGGUGUUCAGGUUCAGACAUCGAUUUCCAUUGUUUCGUUCAUGUGAUGGUUGGUACAUGGAUCACAGCCAAAACCCUUUAUGGGAACUGUUGGUUGAGUCAGUUGGUUUUUUUCACCCCACUGAAACAUCAAGAUAAACUUUGUAAAUAAAACUGACAGUAUAUAUCCAUACUUGUUGUACACCUGGGUGAAAAAAUAGGGCAGAGGGAAGACUAGUGUAAGACAUAUUAACCUACCUGUGACUUGUAAGUUGUAGAAAGUGCUGUUCACAUGUUUAACAGAAUUGAAUUCAGAGCAUGUAAACUAAGUAGUAGCCGAGUGUUGAUAUGAGAAGGAUGCAGUGCCUUUCCCCAUUAAUUCCUGAUGGAAUUGUUAAACUAGGUGAACAUUUGGAUUUUUUUUCUAGUUGUAAUGUGUGUGUCUGGUAAAUAGGUAUUCUAUUUUGGCCUUACAAUACCAUAACAAAGGUUGUCACUUUAAAAUGAUCUAUUGACAAGUAACAGUGCAUGCUUUGGGAAUUUGGAAGAUGGCUUUCCUGCAUUAAAUUCUUUGAUUGUUCACAAUAAGAAAUUGAAUGUUCUCCAAACCCUGUUUACAGUGCUCAGUAGGUGGAAGCUGGGAAGGGAGAGACCAUUGCAUAGCUGUUGAAGUGUUUCUUGUUCAAUGCUUUUAAACCGGAGAGGCUAACCUCAAAAAUAUUUUUUUUAACUGCAUUCUCUAAUAAAUCAGCACAAAAUGCUCUUUA